AUGGUAUCGCGUGGUGUGCAACCAAAUGAAUUGAUGCGUAGUGAUUUGUGGUGGAACGGACCGGGCUUCCUCCGUGUUACUAACGAUAUGUCGGAUCCAAGAGCCGAGGAUAAUGAAGAUGACCUUUCAGAAGAAGAUUGUGUUGUGGUUGGAAUAGUGACGGCUUCGGCCAACGGUAACUAUCAAUACGAACUUAUCAUGGCGUGUAGCAGCUUCAGAAGGCUGCAGCGAAGAUUUGCUUACGUGUGUCGGUUCAUUUACAACUGUCGGGCGAAAGGGCUUGGCAAGAAAAAGAGAUCCGGAGCUAUUGGUGUGAUGGAUUGGCGUGACGCUGUAUAUUGUAUGGUACGCAUAGUUCAGCGGGUUGUGUACUACGAAAAGAUCAGCAACAUUCAACGAGGUGAACGUGUGGAGGGAAAACUAAGAAACUUUAACCCUUUCUUCGAUGAGCAAGAGAGACUGCUGAGAGUCGGCGGUCGGAUCAAGUACUCCGAUUCGCCGAGAGAUCAGAAACAGCCGAUGAUCAUCCCUGAACGUCACCAUUUCACAGAAAUCGUUAUUGAGGCGCUGCACCAAGAGGAGCUGCACGUCGGAUUGAACGGCCUGAUGGCAAAGAUAAGAAGACAAUUCUGGCCAGUCAACGCUAAACGCACUAUCAAUCGAUUAGUCAGAAGAUGUGUGAAAUGCUUUCGUGCGAAUCCUCGGGAUGUGCAGCAAUUCAUGGGAGAUCUGCCCAGUGUCCGAGUCACCAUCACCCAACCAUUUUCACGUAUGGGUGAGGACUACGCGGGCCCUUUUUUCAUCAAGCAAGGGCGAUCGAAGGCUCCGUGCAAGGCGUAUGUCUGUGUUUUCGUAUGCAUAUGUACGAAGGCUAUUCAUUUGGAACUUGUGACUUCAUUGACGACAGAAGGGUUCUUACAGGCUCUGCUGCGUUUCGUUGGACGGCGUGGAAAUGUGUCAGACAUAUAUUCUGAUAAUGGCACCAAUUUUAUUGGGGCCAAACGAGAACUUCAGGAAUUGUUUCAGCUUCUGAAGUCGCAAAUUCUGCAAGAGAAGAUAGCAGGCUUCUGUCAGCCACGUGGAAUAAACUGGCAUUUGGUACCACCGAAGGCUCCCCACCAGGGUGGGCUGUGGGAAGCUGGUGUCAAGGCUAUGAAAACUCACCUUCACCGAACGUUGAAGGAGGCGUAUUUGACAUACGAGGAAAUGAACACCCUCUUAAUCAAAUCAAGGCCAUAUUAA